GUGUUCUUUCCUCUGUUUUUAUACCAGAAGCGAACAGGAUUUGGACUACAGUUCCCAUUUGUUCACGAAACGGUUUCUUAACCAUUAGCCAAUCGUGUGUAGUGUGUAUCAGAACCCUAUUCGCUGCAACCUGCCGUACGUAGUUUACAGUGUAUACUUCAUCACAUGAACCCAAACAGGCCGUCUCCUCUAGGGUAGGGUAGUAGGCCCGACAUGGUUAUGGUUCGCUAUGUGCGAUUACUGCAAGUACUGCGAUUGACCUUCGCCAAAGCUGCCAGUUGCUGGGGCUGACUGCAAAAACACUGCUGAACCACGUCGUCUCACAUUACGGUGUUUGCCGCCAGACUCGCGACGGCAGUGCCGGCGACAUGUCCAUGUUCAGCACGGGCGUCCUGGUGCUCACGGCGCCGCUCCACACGCUGCCGCUGCGCAUCACGCCGGUGCUGAGCUCGGCGGCGCGCGUGGUCAAACACACGCUGUACGUCCACCUCCACCCGGGCCUCAACCUGUCGGCCUGCGGCGGCGGAGGGAACCAGCCCCGGCCCGUCUUCAUCCCGCCCGUCCCCGACCUGUCCAAGGCCAUCUCCCGCCUCUACAGCAACGCGGCCGACGUCUGCGGACACCUGGACGUGCGCGUGUUGCUCACCAACGUCCGGGCCGCCCAGGCGCCGGACGUCCAAGCGCCCGGCGGGAUCGUCGGCCCGUUCCCCGCGCCCCAGCUCCUCUCCCACGCCCCGGAGGUGGUGCUGACCGACUACCCGCUGCAGGACGCGGAGCAGUCGUCCCGGGUGGGCCAGUGUCUCCAGCGCUACGCGGGCCACUGCUACGUGUGCAGCCCCGCGCUGGCCUCAGUGCUGCUGCAGCCCCAGCUGGAGGAGCUGCAGGCCGCAGAGGAAGAGGAGGAGGAGGAGGAGGAGGGCCGGGGGGGCCCCAGCAGGGGGGCGGAGCCCCUGGAGACGUACAACGACGUGGUGGUCGGCGGCACCUUCGACCGGCUCCACAGCGCCCACAAGACGCUGCUCAACAUCUCCUGCAUGCUGGCCAAGCGGCGCUUCGUGAUCGGCGUGUGUGACCAGGAGAUGCUGAAAAGGAAGGUGCUCAAGGAGCUGAUCGAGCCCUACCCGGUGCGGGUGGAGCGGCUGACGGAGUUCCUGCGGGACGUACGGCCCUCCCUGCAGGUGGAGAUCGUGGCCCUGGACGACCCCUUCGGCGUCUCUGUGGUCGACCGCCAGCUGCAGUGCAUCGUGGUCAGCGAGGAGACUCGGCGGGGAGGCGAGGCCGUGAACGCCAAACGCCUGGAGAACGGUCUCCCAGGCCUGGUCCUGCAUGAGAUCCAGCUGCUGAAGGACGCCCACCACACGGAGACGGAGGAGGAGAAGAUCAGCUCCUCCAGCCUGCGCUCCCGCCUCCUCGGCACGCUGCUUGCCCCGCCCAAGGACGCCUCCCACCUCCCCGCUCUCCCCUUCGUGAUUGGUCUCACGGGGUGCAGUGGCAGUGGGAAGAGCUCCAUCGCCGGUCGGCUGGAGGCGCUGGGUGCGGCCCGCAUCGACUGCGACGGGCUGGGCCACCUCGUGUACCAGACGGGGUCGGCGGGCUACCACCGCGUGCUGCAGGAGUUUGGCUCUGAUCUUCUUAACGAGGACAAGUCCAUCAACCGGCGGGAACUUGGAAGGAAGGUGUUCGGGAGCAAGGAGCGGUUAAAGGCGCUGACGGACAUAGUGUGGCCUGAGAUCGCCCUUCUGAUUAAGGAGCAGAUUCAGCAGGCAAGGGAUCAAGGUAAAGAGGUGUGUGUGAUGGACGCAGCGGUUCUGCUGGAGGCGGGCUGGACAGACAUGGUCCAUGAGGUCUGGGUCACCCUGCUGCCGGAGGAGGAGGCCGUGUCCAGGAUCACGGAGCGGGACGGGGUGAGCCGGGAGGACGCCCUGCGCCGCCUCCGGAGCCAGCACCCGACCGGGCAGCAGGUGGAGCGGGCCAACGUGGUGCUGAGCACGCUGUGGGAGCCAGCGGUCACACAGAGACAGGUUCUCAAGGCCUGGAACCUGCUCCAGGAGAGAAUCGUCCAGAGACGGGCUGCUCACCAGGACCCGCACUGAAGACUAAGACUGGGGGAAGCUCAGCGCUGCACCGUUCAACAUGAGGGAGUUCUGCCUUUUUAUAGAGCACACAUCUGAGUCAACCUACCAAUCACAGCAGGCCCUCAGUGGUCACGUGACCAAGGCAGGGUGUGCAUGACAUGUGAAUCGACAGGUUUUUAAUGGAACGUUUUUUUUUCUUCAAAACGACAAGGCCGAUGGUGAGGAAUGUUAAACUGGGGAUGUGGAACUGUUGGAGUUGCUUUGGCGAUGAAGAGGUACUGCGGCCGUUGGUGGUCAGAAGGCUCAGAGAUCACCCUGUGGAUAUUAACCUGAGUCAACUGAACAUUUUAUCACAUUUAGUAGAUCCUAACCCAAAGAUUAGAUUUGGAACAACUGCUGACACUUUUUACUAAAAUGAAUUCUGUAAUUAAUAAAAUUAAAGAAGUAAAUAUAUAUAUAUAUAUUAAGAUUGUAGUAAUGUUACAGCAUAAUGUAACGAUAAAUUACCCUAAAAAUUAUUAAACGGAGAAUGGGUCGACUUGUUGUCAUCAUUUUUCAUUGUAUUGCACUCAACAGAGGGUUGCCCAGUUUAAUAUAUCUCUAUAGUCAGACGAGAGAUUCAUCUUCCUCUGAUCGAUCACCUGUCAAAUUCCUCAACUGUAUACGGAGGCCAACGUGUUUAUUAGCAUGGCUUGGAACAACAGCAGAAACCAAAACAUUUACUUCACCUUACUACUUACUUACUUCACAAUGUCUAGCAACAGGCAGCAGUUUAUAAAAAAAAACUAUUUUUGGUUAAAGGUAUGUGUAUUUUGUAAAAAAAAAAAAAAAAAGUAGUUAUAGCUAUACAUUAUAGCUCAUAUGUUAGACUUGUAAAUUCCUGUAGGGAGUUUUUAAGGCAACAAAGAAGAUAAAAAUGAAAUUGUUCUUGACCUGGUGAAUGCAUUCCAUCCAAACACUGUCCAUUUGUUUGCUUGAAGUGGCUGGUGGUGUUGAAUUUUAAGUCCUAGACGAGUUUCAUACAAAUCCAUGUCCAGCUCUGGUCAAAUUAGAACUAUUCUAGAACGACUCUCAGUUUUGCCGAGCACAGCGCCUCCCCGAGGUCGUUGGUGGCUCUGCAGGAGUAAAUCCCAGAGUCCGACUGUUGCAGACCGGUAAGGACUAGCGAGCAGCUCCCCUCCUCGCUUUGCUCUGCAGUCGUCCUCGAUGUUUCUACCAACCGCUCGUUGUUCAGGAGCCACUCUAUGGCAGGUUGAGGGUAACCUGUAUAUUUACAAGGAAUGAGUUUUAGUUUUUCUAUAGCACCUUUUAAACACAAAGUAGCAUUGACUCAGCCUUUAGACAGGAAUAACAUUAAGGACAAUUAGUGAAAGACAAAAUAACAUACCGUAUAAGUA